CUUCAAACUUCCUCAAAACACAAAGCAAACAAGUUUAUGCCACAGGACAGGGAAGAACACAGUUUUGUAAGACAUCACUUCUUCUUUCAGUAAUAAUUUAACAUUUCAUAUCUUAUUGUUAUUAAGCUUCUCUAAAUGUAGAAUGUAGAAUUAACAGUGCUGACACUUCAGACACCUCCUUGUGUAUGAAUAUGAUAAAUGAGGCAGCAUGUUCCGUUUUCUGACCAAACCCAGACAGCAACCAGUGUCACCCCAGGUCCAGCCCACAUCUGGCCCGCAUGGAUUUCACGAUGUUGCUAUCAGAGAAAUCUGUUCUUACCAAAUUCUGAAUGCCACAUAUUUCUGUUCAAUCCGACUGACUGGAUUUAAUCACACUGCUGCUUUCUCUCUGUUUGUGGAUUGUGAAGGUGAGCAAGUAUGGAAGAGGAGUUGUGCUAUUCAACAGUCUGCUUUAAGCCAUUUGACAAUCAGAAAUCUACAGUGCCACAGUUAGAGGAGUCUGUAAUAUAUGCGGAGGUGAAAAUAAAACAAUCAACUACGCAGACACCUCCUGAGACCUCAGCUGCUGAGUGUUCAUUAAACAAAUCUGUUUUGCCAGCACAUGAUUCUCUGUCUGAAGCAAAAGAUGCCACCACCCCAAUCUUUUCAGCGUACAGACCAGCUACAGUUAUUCUGGGGCUGCUCUGCUUCUUCCUGCUUGCUGCAUUAACAGCUGUCAGCGUUUUCAACUACAUUCAUAAGUCAAAAUACAACAAUAUUCUGGCCCGGCACACUCAAGAGAAAGCCACCAAUCUGCAACUACUGGCAGACAUGGAAGUGCUGGAGCGAGAGAGAGCCAGGCUGAAGACACAGGGUGAACAGAUGAAUGGCACACUUAACUUCAUACUGAAAAAAAGCAGCUUUUUAGUGGAUAAGUACUGUCAGUCCACUGGAAAUGGGGUCCAGUGUACACCUUGUCUUCAAAAUUGGAUUCAGAAUGGUUCCAGCUGUUAUUAUUUCAAUAAAGACUGGCCCUGGAAAACGUGGACAGAGAGUCAGGAAUACUGCAAGGGAUAUGGAGCUCAGCUGGCCAUAAUAGACAGUGUGGAGGAACAGGAAUUCAUCAAUCAGCACACCGAAUCAUAUUAUGACAAAUAUCAUGGGUACUGGAUCGGACUCUCUGAAAAGAAAGAAGAAACUUGGGUCUGGACCACUGGUGCUGAACUUGAGGGAGGUUUCUGGGUCUAUGCCCCCUUGAAAGGAUACAUGGAAUGCGUUCUGUCAAUGCCCAGCAAAAACCCACUGCAAAGCUGGAUAUCAACAAGCUGUAACAUGAGGAAUAGAUGGAUCUGCGAAGUGGACGUUUUAACAUGGCCAACCUUCCUUCAAGCCCAACAAAACCAAAGUGGCCCCUCAACAUGAACAGAAGACCGAACAAAAGACAACCAUCUCAAGAAUAAUUUUAUUUUCAAAUUCAUUUGAAGUUUGAUUUGUUAGCAAUGUUUCAAGUUACAGCUCCAAGAGAGACACAUACUGUAGGAAAAUGACUUAACUUAGUGCACCAUUCUUCCUGUCUGUCAAACAACAUCCAACUUUACUGUGACUGAAUAAAUACUUCAGCCACAUAAAUCACUGCAAGCUGUUCACAGUUCAUCACAUUUUUGUACUUGUCAAUAUGCUAUUAAAUAUGCAUUACACAAAUGUAAAAAAAAAA